UCUAAAUGCCUGCAAUUCUACGCUUUUCAUAUUGUUUGUUCUAGAUUUCUAGUGCUAUAUAUUGGCGUUCUGAUUCUCUAAAAAUACUUCUUAAAGCGAAAAAUAAAUACAGAAUAUAUCGUUCUUCGAAAUGUUACGACCUAUAUCGGCCAUUGGCCGGAGGAUUUCGUUAUCGAGUAGUUCGAAGGACUCAAUCAGGACUAAAGUGGUUCAUCCCGCUUCUCUCUUGAAACCGGCAGAAAAGAUUAAGCUGUAUAAUAAAGAGAACAAAGAACUGUUCGGCCCGUUAUUGGAGACAAACAAACAGAGGAAACAGAAAUUACGGAAGUCUGCUAAAAAUAGCAAACUCGCGGAUCAAAACAACGGAGCGUCGGCGCCUAGCGAAAGUGCAGUGAAAUUCGACAGUAGUGCUAAGAAAAAUGAUAUAACCUGCCUAAAAUACAAUCCUGUUCUGCCAGUGGAGAUUUUUAAAAGAAAAAUGUGGCAGAAUACGAGGACUUGUGUUAGUUUUGUGGGUGUGCUGUUAAAUAAUGCUAGUGUGAGAGGUUUCAAGACUGCAGCAGCUGUCAGUGCAGCUAGAAGCACGGCUGCAGAGCAAGGUUAUGUGUCAGAGGACAAGAUUCUUCAGAUCAAGCCCUACCGGAACGAUUAUGCCCAGCAAUACCCAUCGGUUACCCUGAUUCUGAACAAAACUAUGACAAAUGAAUCUAGGGCAGCAUUAGAAAAGUGGAAACAGGAAAGAAUUGCUGAAAUGGGACAAGAGGAAUUUGAACGAUUCUAUCAAGCUCAAUUGGCUCUCGGCUCAAAAUUCCACAGCACGCUCAAAGACUACUUCACUCAGCCGAAGUCUCAGCUCCGUAUAGAAAAAGAUGUGGAGCCAGUCUGGAACUCUGUAGCGGAGGUCUUGAAGCACAUAUCUUCUCCGAAAGCCAUUGAGUCCAACGUAGUACACCCAGUUUUGAAAUACAGAGGGAUAUUUGAUGCUAUCGCUUAUUAUGACGACAAGCCAACCCUAAUCGAAUGGAAGAAAUCUGACAAGCAACGCAAAUCCAUAGCCACAACCUACGACAACCCAGUCCAGCUAGCAGCCUACUUCGGUGCAGUCUGCAAUGACCUGAACUACAAGCAUUUGAACGUCCGGGACGCUCUUUUAGUCAUCGCCUACACCGAUGGUUCCAAAGCUGACUAUUAUCAUCUCUCGAUGGACAAGCUUAGGGAACACUGGGCGCAAUGGCUGAUACGGUUGGAGACGUAUAUGAAGAAACAUGGACAGGAUUCGGAGAAGAUUUUGAAAGGAGGGAAGAGAUUGUUUGAGGAAGAAAUUGGGAAUCUCCAGUAAUUAUUGCGGGGAUAAAGCGGAUGAAACAUUAAACCGAAGAAAUGAAGAAGACUAAUUCAAGCUAUUGUCAAUAUUUGUGAGUCUCGAUCAAUGUAAGAUUUGUUAUGAAAAAAAAAGACUGUUGUUGAAGUUGUAUCGGAUAGUCUUCCCAAAUUGAAUGAAAAUUGUCUAGUUUUCUUAAGAUUUUCUGGAUCUAUUGUAAUUGUAUAAUCAUUAUUGUCAUGUUAUAAUAUUAAGGUCAUGCUCGGAUAAGAUUAUAACAUCAUUUCUUUCUAUAAUGCUUCGAAAGUCUCUUCGCGUAUUUGUACCAUCGACCAUACUGUUAACUGACAGUUCCUAAACCAUAUUACAGAAGGCAGGUCCACCAAUGGACAGUUAAUUGUUUCUGUUUAUAUAAGUACUAAAACAAAUUGAAAUGUUGUGGCGUCACAUAUACAGCAGAAAUUCGAUUAACCGAACUCAUUGACAGAGAUUAGUUUGAAUAAUCAAAGUUUUUUUGGGACGAGAUCAAACAAAAACAAUACGUUUUUACAUAAAAACAGUAGUAUAAUAAAGUUUGAAGUACAAAUUAACGUUAUAAUAUAAAACACGUAAAAAGUGUGAUAAUUGAGGGUUCGGAUAGUCGAGGUUUUACUGUAGUUGAAAUUUAGAAACUCAUAUCGAUUUGAGUUUUACGAGGCUAGAUCAACUAGAUGUACUUAUAUUGAGUAAAAUGCUCAUGACAUAGUCAAAUAGAUAGACCUAACCAUGAAACUAAAUGAAAAUUAUGUGUUGUAAAAGUGAGAACUCUUUUAAACAAUUUGACAUGGUUCCAUGAUAAUCUAGUACAUUUUGUUGUGGGUACUUUUACCUGUGCCGAACCCGAAACACGCACCCUAAAUCCGAGCAAGACUAAUUUACGAAAUAAUGGUGAGAUUCAAAGUCAUUUUAUCGUUUAUCGCUGUGGAUAAGAAAUGGGUCACACUUUCAUACUUGCCUUCGCUUCAAUCUUAUCUUAUCCACGGCGACAAACGGCGUGAUGAAGUGUUGAAUUGUUAUCGACUGAAAGUUUAUCGAUAGCACUCGGGAUUAUGAUGUGAAAAUUGUAAUAAGCUUUGUUAUUGUAAAACUAUCAAUUGUAGCGAAAUACCAAAAAAGUAGUAGGUGCCUAGUCAGUUUCGAAUACAAUUUAAAAUUCUUAACAUAAUUAGAUUUUUCAGAAUACGAAAUAAAUCAUAGCAUUUAUUAGCAAUAGCUAGCAAUAACAUAAACUUACCUCAACUACCUACAUCACUACCUAAAUCACAUAAGAAUAAUCCCUUUUGUUUAACUUUUACGCGGGCUCUGUCUUACAGUUCAAAAUUCUAGUUUUGCGCUUUGUAUUAAUAUCAAAACUACUCAGAUUUUUUUUUCUUUUCUGCUGUACUUAUAUGAUUUUUUUAUUUAGAUACAAUUAAUGCUUCACAAAUGUAGACAUUUCAUGUUCCUUUAAUUUUAAGCUCUGGAUGAUUCGAAUAAAUAUUAAAUAAUUUCAGUUGUAUGACUUGUAUGUUAUGAAAUUGGCCGUUACUUUUAUAGAAGGCCAAUUUCGUAUAAUCGAUAAUUCCGUAAAUCUGAUGAAAAUUACCCAAAAUUCCAUCAUAAGAUGCCCUUUUCGGAAUUAUCCGACGGUUUUCGACUUACGUACAAAUUACAUGUG